AUGGUUGACUAUUUGAAGUUUUUCAAAUCCUCUCUGAAGGAUGUUGAAAAGAAUUUUGGUAAUAACGAAGUUAUGAACACUAUUGAGAAGAAGACGAAGCUCCCAAAGUCCUACAUUAUUUAUGGUUCAGCAGCUUUAUACUUCUUGUUGAUUCUCAUUAAUGUCGGAGGGAUUGGUGAAAUCCUGGCAAACUUUGUCGGUUUCUGUAUUCCAACCUACUAUUCUUUGAAGGCUUUGAAGACCAAUACGACGAAGGAUGACACUCAAUUGUUGACCUACUGGAUUGUCUUCUCCUUCUUGUCUGUGAUUGAAUUCUGGUCCAAGGCGAUUUUGGCGUGGGUUCCAUUUUACUGGUUCUUCAAGACUUUGUUCUUACUGUACAUUGCAAUUCCUUCACUAGGAGGUGCUCAAUUCGUCUUUAAGAGAGUUAUUGAACCUCUUUCAGACAAGUACAUGCCUCUGGUGGAAGGAAAGCCAGAAAAUUUGGCCAAGAAGGUGGAAGAGGCUGCUAACAAUGCUGCUAACAACGCUAAAGCUUCGGGCUUUACCCGUUGA